AUGCCACGCUCCAAAUUACACGGAAACCGAACCAUGGACAUCCUCAAUAAGGCCAAGGAAGGAGGAUAUGCUGUCCCAGCCAUCUGCUGCUACAACAUCGAGGGUAUCAUAGCCACUGUAAAGGCUGCUGAAGCUCUCCGAUCUCCUGCUAUCAUCCUUCUUUUUCCCUGGGCAAUUCAGUACGCUGGCGAGGCGCUCGUUCGUGCAGCGGCUACGGCGGCCCACUCAGCCUCUGUGCCCAUUUCUUUGCAUCUCGACCAUUGCCAGACACCAGAAAUGGUCAGGCGCGCUGCAGACAUUCCCGAUGGCUUUGACAGCAUCAUGUGUGACAUGAGCCACUACGACCGCGAGGAGAACCUGCGACUGACGGCUGAGCUGGUGCAGUACUGCCAUAAGCGGGGAAUUGCCACAGAAGCGGAGCCGGGGAGGAUUGAGGGAGGGGAGGAUGGUGUGCCUGAGACGGCAGAUCUGGAGGGAUUUUUGACGACUCCUGAGGAGGCUGAGGAGUUUGUGAAGACAGGAAUCGACAUGCUCGCACCUGCAUUUGGAAAUGUACAUGGGUCAUAUGGCCAGAGGGGAAUUCGCCUUGAGUAUGACAGGUUGAAGGCAAUACAUGAGAAAGUUGGCGACAAGGUCCAGCUUGUACUGCACGGCUGCGAUCCGUUUGAUGAAAAGACCUUCCGCGAGUGUAUGGUGAGAGGAGUAACCAAAAUCAACAUCAACAAAGGGAUGAACAACCAUUACGCUAGAGUUCAGGGGGAGAUGAGAGAGAAACCUUUGACCAGUGUUAUCGAGGCAGGAACAAAGGCUAUGCAAGAGGCUGUGGAGCAGUACAUGCAUUGGUUUGGAAGUGCAGGGAAGGCCUAG